GGGGAGGGCAGAGCGAAGGAAGGUGGGGAAAUAAGAGGGUUUCUGUGCCUGUGUGUAAUUGCUAUUACAGUAGACCAGCUGAAGGGUCAGCCAGGGAAUAUAUUUAUACACUCCGGCGCGCGCAUGCCCGCCCAAGAAGCGCUCUCCUCAGCCGGGCCAGCCCCACUUUUCUUCGCUUGGCCAGCUUCGGCGGGAGACGGAGGGGUCGGCCAGCUCGAGAGCCGUUCCAGCGCCGGGGGGGAAAGAAAGCGGCGCAGUCGCGGAGCCGUUCAGGUCGGGAAGGCGAGCCAGCCAGCCGGCGUGAAGCGCUACAAGACUCCUGUUCUCGGGCAAGAAACAUGGAACAAGUGAACUGACGUGAAAUCCCAUUCUGCAGCUGCUGCCCAGCAAUGGGUUGUGUGCAAUGCAAGAAAAAGAAGGCGAACCAAACUCCGAGGAACAGCAACGAUGGAGCCAUUAAUCCACUGCCCAACUCCAUCUACGAUCCUAACUCCUCCCAGCAGAACCCUUCCAACUUCACACGGAUCCCAGAUUUCAAUAACUUCCCAGGGACCCCAGGGCCUUUGACUCCAGCUGGUCCUGGGGUCUCCGGGGUCUACCCAGCACCCUCCAUUCACAUGCCAGGAAUGGGGAUUACAGGUGGAGGAGUGACCCUUUUCAUUGCCUUGUAUGAUUACGAAGCCAGAACAGAAGAUGACCUGACAUUCAUCAAGGGAGAGAAAUUCCAUAUCAUCAACAAUACAGAGGGUGACUGGUGGGAGGCACGCUCCUUGACCACGGGAUCCACCGGCUACAUCCCCAGCAAUUAUGUGGCUCCUGUGGACUCGAUCCAAGCAGAAGAGUGGUACUUCGGGAAGAUUGGACGGAAGGAUGCUGAGAGGCAGCUGCUGUGUCAUGGCAAUCCCCGGGGGACCUUUCUCAUCCGGGAGAGCGAAACCACCAAAGGUGCCUACUCAUUAUCUAUCCGGGAUUGGGAUGAGACGAAAGGAGACCACGUCAAGCAUUACAAAAUCCGGAAGCUGGACAGCGGUGGCUAUUACAUCACUACCCGGACUCAGUUUGAGACUGUGCAACAUCUGGUGCAGCAUUACAGAGAGAGAGCUGCAGGAUUGUGCUGCCGCCUGGCCGUGCCGUGCCCUAAGGGGAUGCCCAAAUUGGCAGACCUGUCCGUCAAAACCAAAGACGUCUGGGAGAUUCCUCGCGAAUCGCUGCAGCUCAUCAAGAAACUGGGCAAUGGGCAAUUCGGGGAAGUGUGGAUGGGCACUUGGAACGGCACCACCAAAGUUGCGGUGAAGACGCUGAAACCUGGAACCAUGUCUCCAGAAGCCUUCCUGGAGGAAGCCCAGAUCAUGAAGCGCUUACGGCAUGACAAACUGGUGCAACUGUAUGCUGUGGUAUCAGAAGAGCCCAUUUACAUUGUUACUGAGUUCAUGAGUCAAGGUAGUUUGCUAGAUUUUUUGAAAGACGGGGAUGGCCGUUUCUUGAAGUUGCCCCAGCUAGUGGACAUGGCAGCACAGAUUGCAGCUGGAAUGGCUUACAUUGAGCGAAUGAAUUACAUCCACCGGGAUCUGCGUGCUGCCAACAUCCUUGUGGGCGACAACCUUGUGUGCAAAAUUGCUGACUUCGGCUUGGCCCGCCUCAUUGAAGACAAUGAAUACACAGCUCGCCAAGGUGCCAAAUUUCCCAUCAAGUGGACAGCUCCAGAAGCCGCUCUCUAUGGCAAGUUCACCAUCAAGUCAGACGUGUGGUCCUUUGGCAUCCUCCUGACAGAGCUUGUGACCAAGGGCCGAGUACCAUACCCAGGCAUGAACAACCGGGAGGUGUUGGAACAAGUGGAACGGGGUUACCGCAUGCCCUGUCCUGGGAAUUGCCCCCCAUCAUUGCACGAUCUGAUGGUGCAGUGCUGGAGGAAGGAGCCUGAGGAGCGUCCCACUUUUGAAUACCUCCAAUCAUUUCUAGAAGACUACUUCACUGCUACAGAGCCUCAGUAUCAGCCAGGAGACAACCAACUGUAACUGAUGGAUGGUGACCAUGGAGACCUUCCCCCCCGCCCAUGGGGAACUCUCUCGCAAGUGUGGUGGGAAACUGGGACACACUGCAGAAAUCUCUUCCCUACCCAGGGCCAGGAACCGAGGGUCCCACCUUGUAGAACUGGGCUUAGACUCUUUUUUUUUUCAUUUUAAUUUUAUUCCCUUUUGGGGGGAGAGGCGUUGCUUUUUUUUUUUUAUCAUUGGGGUUUUGUGUUUUAAAUUCUGACUCAUCCCAAAUAGAUGCCAGGCCAGUUUUUGGAGGUUUGUUUUUUUUAAAGAUGGAGAUGAUGAGGAGUGAGGGUGUCGACGGCCAGAGGAGAGGUUUUGUUUCUUUAAUAGUCCAAUCUGUCUUAAUUAAGUUACUUCUGUGUUAACUGGAGCAGGGGUCUCCAACCUUGGUCCCUUUAAGACUUGUGGACUUCAACUCCCAGAACUCUGGGAGUUGAAGUCCACAAGUCUUAAAGGGACCAAGGUUGGAGACCCCUGAACUGGAGAACCUUUGGCCCUUAAAAGAACCCUUGUGAUGCUUUGAAAGGGCUUUGUACUUCGGCCCCAUUGAUUCCAGCCCACAACAAUGGACUUUGGGGAGUUGUAGCCCCAAAUGUUUGAAUGCACCUUCUCCCUAACCCUGCUGCAGCCUACAAGGUUAAAAGACAGGAGGGCCUCAGGGCCAUAGGAUAAAGAAAUUUGCACAAUCAAGUUACCUAACCAUCCCGCAGUCAGAUAUAUCGUGACUGCAUCUCUCAGAAUUCAUCAGCUUGCAAGGACUAUUCUGGCUGGGAAUGCUGAGAGUUGCAGUCUUAUGGCAUCAGACAUGGGUUCCAGUUGCUGUGGAACGCCAACAGUCCUGAUGCCGUUGGCCAAACAAUCUGGGUUUGAUAAGCACGUUUAAGUCCUGCAAGGUCUGGACUUCGUUCCUUCCCUACAACGUUCUGCGAUAUGGCCAUAAUGUGGACAGUGGGCACAGUUUUUCUUCUCCUUCCUCAUUAGCCCACAUGCUCUGAAUUCGUGACUUGGUACUACCUGGAUAUCAUGUUUGAAAUCAAUGAGUUACAACUAUGAUGGGAGAACGCAUGUAGGCAGGAUUCAUUAUAGGUUGAUCAAUCAAUGUCAGCCUUUUUUCUCAAGAGGGUCAGCUUGGCUCUGAAACGAUACGCUGGGAGGGGGGGGAAUGCACUUCAAAAAAACAGGAUAGGUCAGGACACAGCCCUAAUUCGCUGGUGCAUAAGGGAAGCAGACAGCGUUGUCCAGGACAACCGUUAAGGGAAAGGUGUGUGCCAAGAUGGCUUUGGAGCCUGUUUGCAGAAGGAGAAGGUGUCUGAGCUGAUUACUGUGGAACUGUGAAGUGUCUGUUCCAUAGCCACAUGGUGCCUUCUGACAAUAAGAUGAUGCGCCUUACCAGAUGGGGGCUUGUGCACCAUCCCUUGAAAAUUAAUGAUUUUUGCUUGUCAACUGGAAGCCGUUCCAGAUGUUCCUUACCAGAUGUGCUGGGACUGCAGUGUCCAAAAUUCCUAGCCAGCAAUUACAGCCCUAGCAAACCUGGAGGAAACGGCUGCCUUACCUGGUAUCCGUAUCCCAGUGAUUCACCCUCUAACUUUUUCUCCCUCUGCACAAGAAUCCUCUUAAUCUUGAACCCUGGCAGGCACGUUGAGGAAUCCGUCAUAGGACCCUAUCCAUAAUUUUUGGAGGGGAAGCUAUGAUUUCAACACCAGUAAAAGAAUAUUGGAGUAGGGUUGGCCUUCCGGGGAUGGUUGGAUUAAAAUGCCAUCAUCCUUGAUCACUGUCUUUGCUAGUUGGGACCACUGAAAGUUGGAGUCCAGGAACAUCUGGAGAACCUCUGGUUCUCCAGACUAGGGGUCUCCAACCAUGGCAACUUUAAGACUUGUGGACUUCAACUAGCAAAAGCUGGCUGAGGAAUUCUGGGAGUUGAAGUCUACAAGUCUUAAAGUUGCCAAGGUUGGAGACUCCUGCACCAGACUGUCCUAAGAGUAGAAACCUAGAGCAGGGGUCUCCAACCUUGGUCCCUUUAAGACUUGUGGAGUUCAACUCCCAGAGUCCCUCAGCCAGCAAAGUUGGCUGAGGAACUCUGGGAGUUGAAGUCCACAAGUCUUAAAGGGACCAAGGUUGGAGACCCCUGAC